UCAUAUAUAUGCACCGACCUUUAAAACCGUCAGUGUGCAACCCAUUUUGGUUUCUGAAGACAGAAUGGUGACUCCCUUCAAAACACACAUGUUCUCACAUGGUGAGUAGCUGCGGAACUCGUCCUCUUAUUUAAGUCACUGUUUUAAAGCAAACAGUCACAAUAUGAAUCUAUCUCUUUCUUGGUUUCUUGGCAUUAACUUUUCAACUUUAACUUUUUUGCAAAUGGAAAUAACAGUGUACCAAACAGCUGACCUAUAUGUGAGUGAUGUGACCAAAGUGGACAGGCAUGUCCGCUUCAUAUCAUAAUGUUCCUCCUCCUCUUCCUCCUCCUACGGCCCUUCUAUCUCUGACAGCUGAAAGUCCUUUUAAACCUAAGCUACAGAAUCAACCAUCAGUUAAUGAAGAAACUGGAGCUCUGGGUGAUAGCUUAUCCUCCAAAGAUGGGGUAAAGAAAGUCAGUUUUCUUGGCCCCUUUUACCCCUGUGGGAAACUUCGAGGCCGCCCCUGGAUUAAGUCCCCGCCUUUAAACUCAAAUAAAAAGGAAACUUCAAAGGCCGUCGGCCGCCGGGGCUCCGCCCUCGCGCUCCCGGACGGCUUCACAAAGGAUUUGCCGACGUUCGGGAAUUCCGCCUCCAGUUCCUUUUAUAGCGCCACUCGUGCGCUGGCUGCCUUCCAGGGCCCCGCCUAUCCUCGUUACUUUGACAACACAAAGGACUUCACGGAACUCACAAGCUCCGCCCACCUCUCCAAAUAAGGGCAGCCUCUCCAUGUACGGCAAACAAUCGGUUCGAGAUUGCCCUUUUCUCUUCCUUAUCCCGUUUAUAUGAUCGGAGAGGAACUGCGCUUCAGGUUGGAAGCGGUGCGAUCAUGGCCGAGCGAGUCCAGCAGCCCCCAGCCAAGCGGCUCUGCUGCCGGCCCGGCUACAACCCGGCAUGCAGGCAGGGGCAGCGGGCUGGAGGAGUCCCGUGCGGCGGCGCGGGGUCCGCUCCGGGAGGGUCCGGGAACGGGAAAACGCACAACCCCGAGUCGCUGCUCGACAUCGCGGCGCGCAGAGUCGCGGAAAAGUGGCCGUUCCAGCGGGUGGAGGAGCGGUUCGAGAGGAUCCCGGAGCCCGUCCAGCGGAGGAUCGUUUACUGGUCAUUCCCGAGAAGCGAGAAGGAGAUCUGUAUGUACUCUUCUUUCAACGCCGGGGGAGAGGAAAGUGGAUCUAGCGGGGACAAUAAUGACGAGACCCAGCUGCCUUUUCUGCGGGGUGUCACUCUGCUGGAGGGUGGCUGGGUGGACAACGUAUUGCAAGUCGGUUUCCACCUGAGCGGCACGGUGACAGAUCCCGCCACGCCCUCGUCCCCGGAGCUCGUCUGCAGCGUCAGCGUCAGCUUCGACCGCUGCAAGAUCACCGCCGUGACGUGCACCUGCGGCAACAAGGACAUCUUCUACUGCGCCCACGUCGUGGCGCUGUCACUUUACAGGGUGCGCAAGCCUGAGCAGGUCAAGCUGCACCUGCCCAUCUCGGAAACGCUGUUCCAGAUGAGCAGAGACCAGCUGCAGAAGUUCGUCCAGUACCUGAUAUCGGUCCACCACACCGAGGUGUUGCCCACGGCGCAGAAGCUGGCCGACGAGAUCCUGUCGCAGAACUCUGAGAUCAACCAGGUUCACGGGGCCCCGGACCCUACAGCUGGAGCCAGCGUGGAUGACGAGAACUGCUGGCACCUGGACGAGGAGCAGGUUCAGGAACAAGUCAAGCUCUUCCUGUCCCAGGGAGGCUACCACGGCUCAGGAAAGCAGCUCAACCUGCUCUUUAGCAAGGUGAGGGAGAUGCUGAAGAUGCGCGACUCCAACGGAGCGAGGAUGUUAACACUGAUCACAGAGCAGUUCAUGGCCGACCCUCGGCUGGCGCUAUGGAGACAGCAGGGCACCACCAUGACCGACAAGUACAGACAGCUCUGGGACGAGCUCGGCGCCCUGUGGAUGUGCAUCGUGCUGAACCCCCACUGCAAGCCCGAGCAGAAGUUGUCGUGGCUGCGGCAGCUGCGCCGGUGGAACAGCGUGGACGUCUGCCCCUGGGAGGACGGCAACCACGUCAACGAGCUGCCCAACCUCACCCACUCACUGCCCCAAGGCGCUCACGGUAACCAAGAGAUGCGUCCCCACCGGACCGUGUUCACGCGAGCCAUCGAGGCCUGCGACCUGCACUGGCAGGACCGACACCUCCAACACAUCAUCGCCAGUGACCUCUAUGCCAACUACUGUUACCAUGACAACCAGGAGGGCUCCCUCUUCGACUCACGCGGCUGGCCUCUGUGGCAUGAACACGUCCCUACGGCCUGCGCUCGGGUGGACGCCCUGCGCUCACACGGUUACCCCAGAGAAGCCCUCCGUCUGGCCAUCGCCGUGGUGAACACGUUACGGAGGCAGCAGCAGAGGCAGCUGGAGCACUUUCGACGACACAAAAAAGAGUUGCUCCAUAAAGGCCACACCUCCAUAACGAACAUGGAGGGCUGGGUGGGACACCCUCUGGAUCCCAUCGGCACCCUGUUCAGCACCCUGACGGAGUCGGGACGAGCGGGUGAGGAAGGCUCCAACACCUGCUUAGACCUCUCAGACUGCUCCAGCGUCGUGAGCCGAGCCGAUCUUCAGCGGAUGCCCGUGCAGCGGCUGCUGGGAGACGGCGAGUCGUACAUGGCGCUGGCGGUGGAGACGGCUCUGAUCGGCCUGGGCCAGCAGCGGGUGAUGCCCGACGGGCUGUACGCUCAGGAAAAGGUGUGUCGCAACGAGGAGCAGCUGUUGGCCAAGCUGCAGGAAGUGGAACUGGAUGACUCUCUGGUCAAAAUCUUCCGUAAACAGGCUGUGUUUCUGCUCGAGGCUGGUCCGUACUCUGGCCUCGGAGAGAUCGUCCAUCGAGAGAGCGUCCCCAUGCACACCUUCGCUCGCUAUCUCUUCACCUCUCUGCUACCUCAUGACGCCGAACUGGCGUACAAAAUUGCACUGAGAGCCAUGCGGUUGCCGGUGUUGGAGUCCACGGCAUCGUCCGGUGACCUCUCGCGACCUCACCACAUUGUGUCUGUAGUUCCCAAUCGCUACCCGCGCUGGUUCACCCUGAGCCAUAUAGAGUCUCAGCAGUGUGAGCUGGCCUCCACCAUGCUCACUGCAGCUAAAGGUGACAGUCGCAGGUUGGAGACGGUCCUGGAGUCCAUCCAGAAAAACAUCCACUCCUCGUCUCACAUCUUCAAACUGGCACAGGAUGCUUUCAAGAUCGCCACUCUCAUGGACAGCCUGCCGGACAUCACUCUUCUUAAGGUUUCUCUGGAGCUCGGACUGCAGGUCAUGAGAAUAACACUGUCCACGUUGAACUGGAGGAGGAGAGAGAUGGUUCGCUGGUUGGUCACGUGUGCCACUGAAGUUGGUGUCUAUGCACUGGACAGCAUCAUGCAGAGCUGGUUCACGCUCUUCACUCCCACAGAAGCCACCAGUAUUGUGGCGACCACUGUCAUGUCCAACAGCACCAUAGUUCGCCUGCACCUGGACUGCCACCAGCAGGAGAACCUGGCCUCGUCCGCCCGUACGCUCGCCCUGCAGUGUGCCAUGAAGGACCCCCAGAACUGCGCCCUCUCCGCUCUCACACUCUGUGAAAAAGACCACAUUGCCUUCGAGACAGCCUACCAGAUUGUACUGGACGCUGCAGCAACGGGAAUGAGCUACACGCAGCUGUUCACCAUUGCGCGCUACAUGGAGCACCGCGGCUAUCCGAUGCGAGCGUACAAGCUGGCGACGUUAGCCAUGGCUCACCUGAACCUCAGCUACAACCAGGACACGCAUCCGGCCAUUAACGACGUACUGUGGGCCUGCGCGCUCAGCCACUCGCUGGGCAAGAACGAGCUGGCCGCCGUCAUCCCCCUGGUGGUCAAAAGUGUGAAGUGCGCCACCGUUUUGUCUGACAUUUUGCGGCGGUGCACGCUGACCACCCCGGGCAUGGUGUCGGCGCUGCACAGCCGCAGGAACUCUGGGAAGCUGAUGUCGCUGGACAAGGCGCCGCUCAGGCAGCUGCUGGACGCAACCAUCGGGGCCUACAUUAACACUACGCACUCGAGGCUCACGCACAUCAGCCCGCGGCACUACAGCGAGUUCAUCGAGUUCCUGGGGAAGGCCCGGGAGACGUUCAUGAUGGCUCACGACGGACACAUCCAGUUCACCCAGUUCAUAGACAACCUGAAACAGAUUUACAAGGGCAAAAAGAAACUGAUGAUGCUAGUUCGGGAGCGGUUCGGCUGAGGGCGAGGCUCCUCUUCCACUCUAGUACUUUUCUAUUAACUUGAGUCUGCCUUUUGAACUUCUUUUGGACUAAUAGACAGGUAAGAGGGACGUGACUUGUAGAAUGAAGCAAAAAGAGAAAGGAAAAGAUGACAAAAAAAUCAAGAGCCACAUGCGGUAUUAUUGUUCUUGCUGUUGUUAUUGUUAUAAACAUUAUUGCUAUUAUUAUUAUUAUUAUUAUUAUUAUUAUUAUUACUACUUAUGUGUACAGAAGCAUUUUUUUUUAUUUUUAAGGAGAGAGGAAAUUUGUCACAUUGUGAAUGUUGUGUGUACUUCUCUACAUGUGUGCGAGAUGAAAAUGAAACGUGAAAUGGCUUUUUCUUUAUAUAUAUAUAUAUAUAUAUAUAUAUAUAUAUAUAUUUUUUUUAUGAUUUUCAAGCAUCUUUUUGCUCCCCCCCGGCCCCCCUAUUCUCAGUUUAUACUGAGUUUUAUGUUAAUGAGUGGCUGAAGCCUUUGUACAAUAGCGCUCAUGUUUAAAAAACAAACAAAAAAAAAAUCAAGAAAAAAAAAACAAAACAGACCAAUUUCAAUGUCUCGGUAUCCUCAAAGAGAAACUAAGGCUUUAAAAUGACACAGAGCACCUCCCUUGGUCUAGGCCCCUGCUGAUGGGCCCUGGGCAGCAUUGCACAGCUUCGCUCGGCUCGGCACAGCUUGGGUUAGCACUGACUUAAAAAAGGCACCAUCAGCAUUUCCUACCACACAGCAGCAGCAGCAGCACUUGAGCAGCCGUUAGCUUUCUCUGGGUCACUUUCCACACAACAAUGCUCUUAGCUAACUCUUGUCGUUAUAAUUACUGUUAUUAUUAUUGUCGUACAAUUUUACCCACGCGCCGCAGUGGCGACGCGUCAAAAAGUGAAGUGUUAUAUCUACAUUAAUGCAACGCGUUGCAGGCGGAGUUCUUCAUUGCUGAAACCGGGCUGAUUUAUGGCGCUUUUCAAAAGAACUUAUACCUCCUGAGCUUUCUCGCAUUUGGAUAGCGUUGGAGACACAAACAUCAAUGUUUGAUUUUAUAGUUCUUGUGUUGGGCAUAUUUGUGAAGUGGGAGGAAAAUGAUACGUGAUUUUCACAUUUUUUUCUGAAACAAAUAUCUGAAAAGUGUGCCAGUCAUAUGCAUGUAUUCAGCCCCCCUGAGUCAAUACUUUGUAGAGUUGUUUUGGGCGAUGGCUCUACCAGAUUUACGCAUCUGCAGAUGUUUCUUUUUUGCAAAAUUUCUCAAACUCAGUCAGAUUGAAGGAAGCAUCAAUUAGAUUUAUGUCUGGAUUUUAAUUUGGAUUUGAAUUGAAGCACCGGUGUUGCUAUAGCAGCAUGCUUAAGAUCCUUAUUCUGCUGGAGGGUGAACCUCAACCUAAGUCUCCACCCUUUAUUUCUUCCAGGAUUGUCCUCUAUUAAACUCGGUCAAUCUUAUCCACUCUGUCAGUUUUCUUUCCCUGCUCAAUUAGCACAGCCCCACAGCAUGACUCUGCAAACACUCUGUUUCAUUAUAGCCGAGUUGUUGUCAGGAUAUUGUUCAUUGUUGGUUUUCUGCCAGACGUAGUGUUUUAGAUUGCAAGCUGAAUGUUUGAUUUUGACCUCAUCUGACCACAUAUUUGGAGUGUUCCUCCGUGGUUUGUGGCAGAUUGCAGCUGGGAUUUUGUUUUCAUGCCGUUCUUUCAACACUGGCUUCCUCCUUGGCAGUCUUCCUUAGAAGCCUUACUUUUGGAGUGCACAACUAGGUCAAGGUCAGUUUUACAUAAGAUAUAUAAGGAUGUUGUACCAAAGUUUUUCAAAAGUCAAACACAAAAUUACUGAAACUGUAUGCUGGACACAGGGAAACUGCAAAACAUGUUUUAAAGCAGUGACUUGAAUUAGAACAAAAAUAUAAGGAAGAAUAGUAGUCGUCUUGUCUCCCACCUGAGCUGAGGAUCUCUAUCUCCUCCAGAGUUCCCAUGGGCUUCUUGACUGGUUCUCUGAGUAACACUCUCCUUGUUGUCUGGCCUGUCCGUUUAGGUGGAUGGUCAUAACUCGGCAAGGCUGCAGCUGCACCACUUUUUUUUUUUUUUUUUUUCCUCUUUUCAGAUGUUUGAAGCUUGGAAUCUUGACUUGACUUUAUCCCUGACCUGUCUAGUGUGUUCACUAUUCUGUUCACCGAUGUUCUCUAGCACUGAGUAAAGAGGGGCUGAAUACAUAUGCAUGCCACACUUUUGAGACUCAAAGUCAAAGAGUAUGAAUCCUUUUGUAAGCAGCUGUAGUUGCGGUUAUUUUGCGCAAGAAAUUCCUUGGGGGGGGUGCGGGGGGGAGAUGGCUACCUCAUAAUGUGGUAUUGAACCUGCUCCCAGUUUUUGCGUUCAUAUUUAUUCACUAUGAUAGCUCACAGUGUUAAUUAAAAAAAUAAUAAUAAAAAAAAAAAAAAUGUUUGAAAUCCAGCGUUAAACGGAAACAAAGAGUCAGAAUCCUCCUGAAGUCCCUUCUCUGCUCUGCUGCCCCUCCCUCUUCCUCGCGGCCCUCACUGUAAGGUGUUUUCAGCCGAGGCCAGUGUCACUCCGCUCUGUGCAUGUGAAUCACAAACAUUUAGACUUUCUACUGUUAUAUUUCGUCACGUGGAACAUUCAGCAACCGGAACGUUCUCAGGGAUUUUCUCUACGCAGGAAAAAGAAAAAAAGAAAAAAAAAAAAAAAAAAGGUGGAACAAAUCGAACGUCUCACUUCGAGGAUGAAAAAGGAAAAAAAAAAAAAAAGAAACACGACAUGAGCAAGCAUUUAUUGUACUCUGUAUAUAUGCCAUAGUAUAUGUCUGAAUAUGGAGGAUCUGAAAGUAUAUGUUAACUAAUUUAUACAGAGUAUUCUAUGUAAUGUGAAAUACUUGAAGCCGCUGUAGUUUGCUCUCUCCCUCUUUCUCUUUUCUCUCUCUCUCUUUCUCUCUCGCUCUCUGGCUCUCCAUCGCUUUCUCUUUUUUGUCUUCUCAUUUUUUUCUGUUUUGUUCCUCUUUUGUUCAAAUUAACAUAUCAGAAAGACUAGCAUGACCACCUUGAAGGUAUUUCUUUUUGGACUUACAAAGCCACAAGUGUUUAUGUUUGAGACCCUGGAUUUUUUUUUUUUUUUUUUUUUAUCAAUAAAUGAAAAGUUUCUUUCAGAGAGGAUGACUGUACUUCAUUCCUGCUGAUUGAUGCGUAGAAAGGGGAGG